CUCACUUGCAUUGCCUGUGUAGUUUAUGAACGUGACUGUGUGAGUCAGUCUGGUCGUGUUCUUUUUCCAGAGUGUGUCUGCAACUCCCUGGGCACCGUGCAGGACUACUGUAACAGCUCCGACUGCCAGUGCGACAAAACCCCCGGCCAGUGUCCGUGUCUUCCCAAUGUGGUCGGGCAGAACUGCGACCGCUGUGCCCCCAAUACCUGGCAGCUGGCCAGCGGGACUGGGUGUGACCCAUGCAACUGUGAUGCGGCUCAUUCCUUCGGGCCGUCCUGUAAUGAGUUCACAGGGCAGUGCCAGUGCAUGCCUGGCUUUGGGGGGCGCACCUGCAGCGAGUGCCAGGAGCUCUUCUGGGGAGACCCCAACGUGGAGUGCCGAGCCUGUGACUGUGACCCCCGGGGUAUUGAGACGCCGCAGUGUGUCCAGUCCACCGGCCAGUGUGUCUGCGUCGAGGGUGUCGAGGGCCCGCGCUGUGACAAGUGCACUCGAGGGUACUCGGGGGUCUUCCCUGACUGCACACCCUGCCACCAGUGCUUUGCUGUUUGGGACGUGAUCAUCGCUGAGUUGACCAACAGGACCCAGAAGUUCCUGGAGAAAGCCAAGGCCUUGAAGAUCAGUGGUGUGAUCGGGCCUUACCAGGAGACUGUGGACUCGGUGGAGAAGAAAGUCAAUGAGAUCAGAGACAUCCUGGCCCAGAACCCAGCUGCGGAGCCGCUGAAAAACAUUGGCAGUCUCUUUGAGGAAGCAGAGAAACUAACCAAAGAUGUUACGGAAAAGAUGGCUCAAGUUGAAGUGAAAUUAUCUGACAUAGAUUCACAAAGAAACAGCACAGCCCAAGAACUGGACUCUCUCCAGGCCGAAGCAGAGAGCCUGGACACCACGGUGAAAGAACUUGCUGAGCAACUGGAAUUCAUCAAAAACUCAGAUAUUCGAGGCGCCCUGGAUAGCAUCACCAAGUAUUUCCAGAUGUCCCUAGAGGCAGAGAAGAGGGUGAAUGCCUCCACCACGGACCCCAACAGCACGGUGGAGCAGUCGGAGCUCACCAGAGAAAGCGUGGAACACUUGAUGAUGGAGCAGGAGUCCCAGUUCCGGGAAAAACAAGAGGAGCAGGCCCGCCUUCUGGACGAACUAGCAGGCAAACUGCAAAGUCUAGACCUUUCAGCUGCUGCCGAAAUGACCUGUGGCACGCCUCCAGGGGCCUCCUGCUCCGAGACGGAAUGUGGUGGCCCCAACUGCAGAACUGACGAAGGACAGAAGAAGUGUGGGGGGCCUGGCUGUGGUGGUCUGGUCACUGCUGCGCACAGCGCCUGGCAGAAGGCCAUGGACUUUGACCGAGACAUCCUGAGUGCCCUGGCUGAGGUGGAACAGCUCUCCAAGAUGGUCUCUGAAGCGAAACUAAGGGCAGAUGAGGCAAAACAGAAUGCUCAAGAUGUUCUGUUGAAAACCAAUGCUACCAAAGAAAAAGUGGACCAGAGCAAUGAGGACCUGCGAAACCUGAUCAAGCAGAUCAGAGACUUUUUGAUGCAGGAUGGUGCUGAUUUGGACAGCAUUGAAGCAGUUGCUAAUGAAGUAUUGAAAAUGGAAAUGCCUAGCACCCCAGAGCAGCUACAGAACUUGACUGAAGAUAUUCGUGAACGAGUUGAAAGCCUUUCUCAAGUGGAGGUUAUUCUACAGCAAAGUGCUGCUGACGUUGCCAGGGCUGAGAUGCUGCUAGAAGAAGCUAAAAGAGCCAGCAAAAGUGCAACAAGUGUUAAAGUCACUGCAGACAUGGUAAAGGAAGCUCUGGAAGAAGCAGAAAAGGCCCAGAUCGCAGCAGAGAAGGCAAUUAAACAAGCAGAUGAAGACAUCCAAGGAACCCAGAACCUGCUAACUUCGAUUGAGUCUGAAACAGCAGCUUCUGAGGAAACCUUAUUCAACGCCUCCCAGCGCAUCAGCGAGCUGGAAAGGAAUAUGGAAGAACUUAAGCGGAAGGCAGCACAAAACUCUGGAGAGGCAGAAUAUAUUGAAAAAGUAGUCUAUGCUGUGAAACAAAGUGCCGAAGACGUUAAAAAGAUUCUGGAUGGUGAACUUGAUGAAAAAUAUAAGAAAGUAGAAAAUUUAAUUGCCAAAAAAACCGAAGAGUCAGCUGAUGCCAGAAGGAAAGCUGAAAUGCUACAAAAUGAAGCAAAAACACUUUUGGCUCAAGCAAACAGCAAGCUUCAGCUCCUGAAAGAUUUAGAAAGAAAAUAUGAGGACAAUCAAAAAUAUUUAGAAGAUAAAGCUCAAGAAUUAGAAAGACUGGAAGGAGAAGUCCGUUCACUCCUGAAGGAUAUAAGCCAGAAAGUUACUAUUUACAGCACCUGCUUGUAAUGAAGGAGGAAGGGCUAUAAGACAGCUGAGGUGACCAAAGUAAAAUAACUACAUUUAAAAACUGACUUACUGAUCUUCAAAGUAAAACUCAUGGCCUAUUUAAUGUUUUUAAUCACAUUUUGUAUGGAGUUUAAUAAAGUACAGUGCUUUUGUAUAAAUAUGUUUAGUAUAUUUCUUAAAUUGUUACUUUUACUGAUUUUAGUGUUCAUGAAUCCCUUGAACAAAGAAUGUUAUUUUCACUGUAAAGAUGGAUUUAUAAACAAGUUGAUUGCCUCCAUGGA